AUGGGUGGCAAAAGUGGCCCAGACGGUACUUCCAUAGAAUUGCAAUCGGCAGUGGAAAUUGGAGAGCAAAAGGUUGCCCAUCAGGCCUACCAGUUGUUGAUGACGGAGUUGGACUUUGAUGUGAAGAGUUGGCGAGUUCACCAGCGAAAACUGAAGGAAUAUGACGUACGACUCUAUCACCAGAAGGAUCGGUGGCAAAUCGAUAGGCACCAGGCAGCCAAAGCAGGAGCGGCGAAGAUUCUGGACAAAAAGGUUUUCACCAUCACCUGGCCUGAGAAGAUCCUGCCCGGCACAGCCGUAGAGAUUGUGCAAACUAUGGCGGCUGAUUCCAAGGUGACUCUUCAUGUGCUGAACUUUGCUGCUCCACCUCUUGUGAAGAACGAUGUGCUGACAGCAGCAACAAAAAUCACUGGCCACCACUUCAUGGCAUCACCGAAGGACACGAUCGGAAUCUUGCUGUCUCCAAUCUUUUCCCACAAGCCGGGCACACUCUUCAUGGAUGAGCACAUGGUUUUGAAAGCACUGCAUUUGGACAGUGUGUUGGUGGAUAUGAACGUGCAGCUGUGCUUCGACCCCAAAAGCAAGUCUGACCUGAUCCAGAUUGAGGAAGCUGACAAGCUCCCGCUUUCAAAUGUUGAUGACCGAGUGCGUGGUGGAACAAAGUAUGCGCAGGAAGGAGUGACCUGGUCCUCAGCGACCUGCCUGUACAUCAUUGACUACGUCCCCGUGGUUGGUGAUUUCGCACAUGCGGCUUUGAUGCUCAGUUCUUCCUUGAAUAUCCCUGUGCGAUAUGCAGCACUGCUUGAUUCUUCCCAUGAGGAAUGGCUUUCCGACAGCUUGAUGCAGAGUUUGACUGACCAGCUCUUGGCAGGACAAGUACAACCCCCGAAUGGCAUCACCAUUCCAGCGGCAGAUCCACCUCCUGAGCACAUGGACCAAAAACCUGACCCACCCCAAAUGAAGAAGAUGACUUUCAUCAAGGUGGAUGGUGAAGUUGCUGGAAUCCAGGUUCCCGAUCAGGUUCAAAAACAGUGGCAUUCCAACCCAGUUCAUGGCACCGAAUUCCGGGCUUGGAUGGAAACGUUCAAUGAGGAAUUUCCCAAACCAGAAAAAAGGGGGCCAAACGAAAUGCGUCGGCAGCGGCAGGAACCACCAAUACCCCCAACAAAGUGCAGAAAGUUGGGGCAAAACCAAUUGACAUGUCGAUGUUUGGGCCACUGCUUCGGGAGAAGGGGAAGGAGCCUGAGGAAACAGUGUUGCAAAGGGUCAACCUCCUCAACCUUUCCAACAUUGAUCUUGUCAUCCAGACUGGGGCCAUCUUUGUGA